AGCGAGAGCAGCGAACCCCCCUUUUCGAGCUGGCUGAAGACGUGGUAGAAGGCAUAAAAAGGGCCCUUUCUCUCCCUGGUCCCUUCCUUUCUUCUCCCCCCAACUCACUUCUCCUCCAUUGUCCUCCUCUUCCCCUCAUAAGGCAGGGAACAGACGAGACUCUGACUCUCCGAACUUGCAAGCUGGACUUGACAAGCAUUCGCAUACACACACCAUCGACGAGCCGCGCUUCGCCCCUUUCGAAAGAUAUUUGAAGAUGAUGCUUCGUUCGAACGUCACCCUUCGCUUCCUUGGAGUCCUGCUGGCUGUUGCCACGAUGACGGCCGGCAGCCUCGUCCCUCGAGCUGGUCUCAAGGUCCCCAAGCAAGGCGCUGAGGAGGUGACGCCCAACUAUGAGGUGCUGCGCCGCUUCGAGCGCUUCAAUGGCCCUCGUUUGGUUAAACGCAACGAUCCACCGUGCAGGACCAUCGGAUGUGACGACGAACAACAAAAGAAAUGCCCGGGCCAUUGCAACCCAAUUUGUCCGCAUGACCUGAUAUGUCGCGACAAAUAUGACGACGUUGAUGUUCUAUAUGAGUCGCACAAAGCAAAGAAAAAGGAAGAAAGUCAGACAAGGACCGAUAUCCAUGGAGAGUUGAAAUGGCCCCCAGUCGCAUCUCGACCCAGUUCUCCCCAGCGCGAACCCAUCAAAGAAGAGGGUUCUAGCGUCAAGCUCGGAUCCGACGAGGAAGAGGGCUCUAGCCUCUGGCUCGAAUCCGACGAGGAAAAGGGCUCUAGCCCUUAGCUCUGGGGUCGACCUAGCAAUCAACCGCAGCCUCUCCAUUGCCAUCCGACCACAUGCUCCUUCCUGAGCCCAACGAGAUAACGAGUAUGGCAGAGUCGAUGAUUUCAGUCGAAGUCCGCACAAGAACGAGAAAUAGAAAAAUGAAAGCUCGCUCCAACCCCACUUCCCCUCAAAACCCCCAAAAAUUAUGCAUUGCCCUUCCUCCUCUUCCCUUCCUCUUCCCUUCCUCUUCCCUUCCUCUUCCC